ACUCAAUCCAAAAUGUAGCAAUACAUACUCUCAUUCCAACACUUAUCAUCAUACUCAAAACACAAAAUCCUAUUCUUCCUUCAUUGAAAAGAAAAAAUGAAAAUAGCACAAAUUGCUAUUUGCACCUUCCUUUUGCUGCUUUUGGUUAAUGUUCAAGUGUCAAUGGCAGUAACAUGCAGUCCAGUGCAGCUUAGCUCAUGUGUGAGUGCAAUCACUUCUUCAACUCCUCCAUCUAAACUAUGCUGCUCCAAGAUAAAAGAACAAAGACCUUGCCUUUGCCAAUACCUCAAGAAUCCCAAUCUUAGGAAGUUUGUUAACUCUCCUAAUGCAAGGAAAGUUGCUAACACUUGUGGAACUCCCUUCCCAAGGUGCUAAAUGUUUAAAAAUUUAGUCCAUUGAGAGUUGAGACUAUUAAAUAUUAUCAUAUUUGUGUGGUUUGAUGUCAAUAUGUUGACACUGAUACUUCAGAUUGAACGUGUUUCGUGUUUAGUCAGAUAUUGACUCGACACCGAUAUUCAUUUACUUAAGUUUGUCAUAUUAUAUUGAUAUCUAUGUCAUUCGUGUCUAAUGUCAAUGUUUGGGUGUGCUUAAAUGUUUCAUAAGUAUAAGUUUUAUUGAAUGUGAUGCUUUAGUUUCCUGUCAUUCCAUUCAGCUCUUUGGUGUGGUCUCAUAUCACAUUAGUUGUUGCAAAAAUAUGUAUUUAUAAUUCAAAGCAAUAUUAUUAGAUUAUGCUUACUUCUUCAUAACA